CGUGAAACACUGACUGCAAAACAUCAUCUUAUUGAUGAGCAAAGCGAACAGGUCAGUUCUCUUUGUUUUGACUUUCGCACCUUGGACUGGUGGUAGUUUGGUGGUUGUGCAACAUACUAGGCGAUGAGCGAGCCUGGGGCAGCUGCUGCCACCGCAGCACCGGUGGAAAAGACCGAAGCACAACUUAGAAAAGAGAAGGAGCGCGAAGAAAAGAAGAAGGCCAAAUUAGCUAAAUUCGAAGAAAAGAAGAAAGCGCAGGCUGACAAAGCUGCUGCAGCAGCCGGGUCUGAGAAGAAAGCAGAAAAGAAGUCCAAGAAGCCUGCGAAAGAAAAGGAGACCAUUGAAUACACGGCUGACACUGCACCUGGAAGCAAGAAGGAUGUGUCUAAUUCUAUGCCGUCAAGCUAUAGUCCCAAGUACGUGGAGGCAGCCUGGUACUCCUGGUGGGAGAAAGAAGGCUUCUUCAAGCCGGAAUACAGGCACUCCGGUAUGGCACCUCGACGGGGCAAGUUUGUGAUCCCCAUUCCACCGCCCAAUGUCACCGGGUCACUUCAUUUGGGACAUGCGUUGACGAACGCCAUUGAGGAUUGCUUGGUUAGAUGGCAUCGCAUGCGCGGUGAUGAGACAUUGUGGAAUCCAGGCUGUGACCAUGCCGGCAUUGCUACCCAGGUGGUUGUGGAGAAGAAGUUGAAGAGAGAACGAAACUUGACUCGUCAUGAUAUCGGCAGAGAGGAGUUCGUCAAGGAGGUCUGGAAGUGGAAGAAUGAGAAAGGUGACCGCAUCUACAACCAGCAGAAAGCAAUGGGAUGCGCCCUGGACUGGGACCGAGCAUGUUUCACCAUGGACCCGAAACUGUCCACUGCCGUGAAAGAGACCUUCGUGCGUCUUCAUGACGAUGGCACCAUCUACCGAAGCAAGCGUUUGGUGAACUGGUCCACUCGUUUGAAGUCUGCUAUUGCAGACAUUGAGGUGGACAAGGUUGAAUUGCCCGGUCGAACACUGCUGUCUGUCCCCGGGUAUGAGCAGAAGAUUGAGUUUGGUGUGAUUGUGUCCUUUGCGUACCGCAUCCACGAAGGAGAGGGUGAGAUUGUUGUGGCCACCACUCGUAUCGAGACUAUGCUUGGCGACACCGCUGUUGCUGUGCAUCCCAAAGACGAGCGCUACAAGCAUCUGCAUGGAAAGUCUGUGUGGCAUCCGUUCAGGAAAACUACCAUUCCCAUUGUCACGGACGACUUCGUCGAGAUGGACUUUGGAACCGGUGCUGUGAAGAUCACUCCUGCCCACGACCCCAACGAUUACGACGUUGGCCACCGCCACGACUUGCCUUUCUUGACCAUGUUGACAGACGACGGUCUCAUCACUGACAUUGUUGAGGAGUUCAAGGGCAUGCCUCGUUUCGACGCAAGAACAUCCGUACUGGAGGCACUCAAGAAAGAAGGUCUAUACCGCGAGACCAAGGAUCACCCCAUGGUUGUGCCCGUCUGCAGUCGCUCCAAGGACAUUGUUGAGCCGCUGAUCAAGCCGCAGUGGUUUGUGAAGUGCGACGAGAUGGCCAGCAACGCUGUGAAUGCUGUGAAGUCUGGUGAACUGCGUCUGGUGCCCAAGAUGCACGAGAAGACGUGGUUUGGAUGGCUGGAGAACAGUCGUGACUGGUGUAUUUCACGUCAGCUGUGGUGGGGCCAUCGCAUUCCUGCCUACUUUGUGACGUUCAAAGACGCAUCGAAGCCAUCUGGAGAGGAUACUGAUGGAUCCUUCUGGGUGAGUGGCCGCAAUGAGGAGGAAGCGUUGCAGAGAGCUGCAGCAAAGUUCAACGUUGCAGCUGAUCAGAUCAUCCUCACUCAAGAUGAAGAUGUGUUGGAUACCUGGUUCUCAUCUGCUAUCUUCCCUUUCUCCAUCUUUGGAUGGCCAGAGAAGACGGCUGACGUGGAGAGCUUCUACCCAAACUCUCUUCUGGAGACUGGUCACGACAUCCUCUUCUUCUGGGUGGCCCGCAUGGUGUUCUUUGGAACCAAGCUGAUGGGCAAGCUGCCCUUCCCGGAGGUCUACUUGCAUGCUAUGGUGCGUGAUGCUCAUGGCCGUAAGAUGAGCAAGAGUCUUGGCAACGUGAUUGACCCGCUGGACGUCAUCCAUGGCAUCACGCUGGAGCAGCUGCACGAACAGCUGCGCUCCGGCAACUUGGACCCCAAGGAGGUGGAGCGUGCCAUCAAGGGCCAGAAGGAGGACUACCCGAGUGGCAUCCCGGAGUGCGGAACGGACGCGCUUCGCUUUGCUCUUUGCGCUUACACCGCUCAGGGCCGCGAUAUCAACCUUGAUGUCAACCGUGUUGUCGGAUAUCGCCACUUCUGCAACAAGCUGUGGAACGCCUGCAAGUUUGCACAGAUGAGUCUGGGUGAUGGUUACCAGCCACCAGCAGAGGACACUGUACAUCUCUCCGGAGACAGGUCGCACAUGGAGGCGCACAUGGACAGAUGGAUUCUCAGCCGGCUAACGUUUGCUGUGGAUGAAGUGAACACUGGCUUUGAGAAGUACGAUUUCCCCACGGCAACAACCGCAUGCUACAACUUCUGGCUGUACGACUUGUGUGAUGUAUACCUGGAGGCAAUCAAGCCAGUGGUUAAUUCAGAUGAUGAGGCUGCCAAGACCGCCUCCAGGAAUGUCCUGUACACCUGUUUGGACAAUGGCCUGCGUCUGUUGGCGCCGUUCAUGCCCUUCCUGACUGAGGAGCUUUUCCAGCGCUUGCCCAAGCGAAGCGAUAGCAUUCCACCCAGCAUCGCUGUCUGCCCAUUCCCAGAGAAUCUGGGCUACCGAGAUGAGGUUCUGGAGAGAGAUGUGCAGACGGUGCAGGAUGUCAUCCACUCUCUCCGCUCCAUGCGUUCUGAGUAUCUCACUCCCAAGGACAGGCCACAAGCAUUUGUGACGUGUAGCACGGAGGAGAUUGCUACUACGACACGUACCUUCACUCAGCAACUGUGUGUGCUUGGUGGUGUGAAAGAGAUGACAGUGCUGAGAGGCGAGGCUGCUCCAGCUGGCUGCGCUAUGAUCUCCCUCUCCGACAAACUCCAGGUGCACGUGCUGGUCAAGGGACUGAUUGACGUGAGUAAGGAGAUUUCGAAGCAGGAGGGCAAGCUACAGCGUCUGCAUGAACAGAUUCAGAAGCUCAACAAGGACAUGGCACGGCCUGACUACGACACUAAGGUGCCUGAGAAGGUGCGGCAGAGUAACUCUUCCAAGAUGGAUCAGACCCAGCAAGAGAUUGCAGCCAUGGAGAAAGCCAUUGCAUCACUCAAGUUGAUGGAGUAAAAAAACCGCUUGAAACCCUAACUAAUUUCCCUGAUACUUUCGUAACCCUGAAAUUUGCUCAUGAAAUCCUCCAUUUUAUCAUCAUAUUAUUAUCAAACCUCCAGCAUACCAGAACUAGGUAAAUACUAGCAGGCCAUGUGCGAUUUCUGGAAAGCACCCCUAGACCUUUCAUACUGUAUCAUAUUCUGGCUGCAUGACAUUUCUAACUGCUGGGCUUGCUUUCACUUUCUGAAUGCAUGUCGCAACUUUUUCUUAAAUCAUUUGAAUGGUCUUCAGAAAUUAACAAUAAGAAAUUUUUAAAGGUGUAAUGGGCGAUUCACAAUACAACUUUCUGCAACGCGACACGCGACAUACACCAAUGGAGUACUGUAAGACAUGUAUAUAUAACGAGGAAGCAAAUCUAACGUUUUAACGGAGGACAUUUCUUCGUUAUAAUAAGAUCCGUUGAGGCCGUACUGCUUCAUAUAUGCUGUGUGUGGAUAUCGCAGAACACUGCAAGAUCGUUAACAUAUCUUCUCGUUAACCUAUGAAUUUUGGACAAUCGUUAAAUUUGCGACUCGUUAUAAUAACAUGUCUUACAGUACAGUUUCGACCCUGGGUGCACGUGCAUAGUACUACUUGUGCAUGUGGAUGUCGCAAACAUGAAGAAUAUUGUGAACCGUGUGCCGCUGUCGCAGCUCGUCGCAAGUCGCAUGUCGCGUCGCACGAAGUUGUAUUGUGAAUCGGCCUUAAUAAGAGGAGCUCAGUGUGAUCAAAAGAACAUAAACUCUGCGCGCUUA